UCGGAGGCCCGCGCGGAGCCAAAGGUUGCACAGCACGGGCCACGCAGGGGAGCCAGUGUGGACAAGCCUGGUGCUCGCCUGUACUGAGGUCCUCGGGAGGAAGCCUCUCCCCCGCCCCCACUGGCCGGUGACCUUGUCACCUGACGCCCGGCGCGCGGCCACGUGGUUCGCCUGACUGGCAGUGCCCGCCCCUUCUGCGGAGACUCGCCCCCUCGUUCUCCAGCGGGGAAAGUGUGGAGUAGCUUCUGCGGGGGCGCAGUCCUGCGCGUAGGUAGAGUUGAGCUGGGGGGACGUUUGGUGGCUCAGCCAGACGUCCUCACCCCACGGUGGCCUCUGGGCCCCGAGUCGCAGGCGGCAGGGGCUGGAGAGUGAUCCGGACGUGAGCAGCGCGCGACGCAGAUACCCCACCUUCUGCCUGUAUCUGCCCAGUGCUCCAGAGCGCUCCUUAUCUCCAGUGCCUCGCAGGGCCCUUCCUAAACGUGUGCUGAUGACAGCCCGGGUAUGGAGAGCAGCCUUUAGAAGACACCUAGAUACAGCCCUCUCCCCAGGGUCUGAGGACAUGGCCAGAAGGGCUCUCAAGCUUGCUUCAUGGACCAGCAUGGCUCUUGCUGCCUCUGGCCUCUACCUCUACAGUAACAAGUACUUCGACCCUAAUGACUUUGGUGCUGUCCGGGUGGGCAGGGCAGUUGCUACGACAGCUGUCAUCAGUUAUGACUACCUCACGUCCCUGAGGAGUGUCCCCUAUGGCUCAGAAGAGUACUUGCAGCUUCGAUCCAAGACAGCUGUCAUCAGUUAUGACUACCUCACGUCCCUGAGGAGUGUCCCCUAUGGCUCAGAAGAGUACUUGCAGCUUCGAUCCAAGAGCUAUGGGCCGUGGAGCCCGCCGGAGUGA